AGCAACGCCUCUUCACAUUCCACAUCAAUUCAUCAUCGUGACGAAGAAGAAGGAGAAGAAUGGAGGCGCCAACACCAGUGUUCACGGAUUCCUUCAUCGUGCAGACUGACAACUACGGCGACUUCAUCCGCAUAGUCCGGCAGAACGUGAUCAAGUAUUGCAGCGACCGUCGUCCCAAGGUCGUGCAGCCCGUGCUGCCGCCAGAGCAGAGGGUCCCCAGGCUCUGGUUCCACGUCGUCCUCCGCACCAGGACGAGCUCCCUCACGCUCGCCGUGCGCGUCGACAACCUCUACCUCGUCGGCUUCAAGACCCCGGGUCCGGCGGGCCUGUGGUGGGAGUUCAACAACGAGCACAACACCCACCUCAUCCCCAACUCCAACUGGCUCGGCUUCGGCGGCCGGUACCAGGACCUGGUCGGCCAAAAGGGGCUGGAGACCGUCGCGCUGGGCCGCGCCGGGAUGACCGCCGCCGUCGACGUCCUGGCGAAACAUGACACCACCACGGCGCUGGAGGAGCAUCAGCAGAGGCUGGGCGCUCAUCAGGCUGACCCUUACGCGCUGCCCAAGAGCAUGCUUGUGAAGCUGGUGAUCAUGGUGUGCGAGGGGGUACGGUUCCACACCGUGUACGGCACCGUGGACAGGGAGUUCAACACCGCGGUGGCGAAGAUAACGGAGAUGGACGGGAAGCAGGUGAAUAAGUGGGAUAGGAUCUCCAAGGCUGUCCUGACGUGGGCCGUCGACCCCGAGGCCAAGUUCCCGGAGCUGGAGAAGAUAGGCGUCAAGGAUAAAAACGACGCGGCCAGGAUCGUUGCUCUCGUCAAGGAUGAAACCAGCUAGAGCUAGUAGAUCUAAGCGAGCGCCGAUGGAUUACGUGACUUUGCUGCUGCAUCUGUGCUGUUAUUGUAUUAAUUUACAUACAUGUUAUUAGAUGCAUGCGUGUAUGUGCUUGUGUAAUGUAUAUAGUGUGUGUUUAGUCGUU